AUGCGACUAUUUUUAUGUUUUAUCUAUUUUGUCUUUAUUAAUAUUGUUUAUGUUUAUACUCAAAUAUUAUAUGAAUGUAAUUUUGAUGAUGGAAAUAUAUUACACCAUUGUUUUACAAUGUCAAUAUCAGUUGUUUCUAGUGUUGGAAAAGCAGAUUUAUUACCACCAGAUGCACCAUUAUCGGAUGUAACAUCAAGUUUGAAACCAAACGACAAGGGAGAAGUAUGUCAAUUACCUUAUCAAGUAAAAGAUUAUGAUUGGGAUAUGUAUUUUUGUCAUGAUGAUCAUUGUCCAACAGCUAGUAAUCCGAAUAGUUGGUGUAAUAUUGGUAGAUUUGGUCACGUACAAUUAUUCGAUACUGCCGAACAUGUUUUUCCGUUAAGUACUCCAACUGGUGGUAUUAAUGGCACAGAUGAACAAUGUCUUAUCUUUUAUUAUUAUAUGUCAAUGAUAGGUACAAAGAAUAUUACAAUAUUUAAACAAGAAAAACAUACUCAUGAAGAAAUCAUUGAUUCUAUUACAAGUAGUCCAUUCAAUGGAUGGAUUCGAUAUAAUGUAUCUUUCAUUAGUCGAACAUCUGAUUACGAAAUAUUUUUUGUUGUACAGAAAAUGUCAACCUCGGGAGCACCACAUAUUGGAUUUGAUGAGAUUUCAAUUCGUCAAGGCAGUUGUGAUGAUCAAAUAGAAACUACCAUACAAUCAAUAAUUACUAGCUCUGAAAUGACAACACAAGAUGAAAUAACAUCAAAACAAACUGGAGAUUCAACAACAGGAAUAACGACAACCAUUCUUUCUUCAACAUCUAUCACUCCAAUUGAUACAUCUAGUUCGACUACUAGUUCCAAAGAAGAGAUUCAUACAAGUACAAGAGUUGAAAAUAUCAUUAUCUCAUCAUACGCUCAAAUUCUUCCAUAUGAAACUCAUCAUAUUAUUAUUUUAUCUAUCAUAAUUCCUCUUGUAUGGAUUGUAUUCAUUGUUGUUGUUAUAUGUAUUAAACGAUCAAAUCAUAUUCGUAAUGAGAGAUCUAAUUCGAAUCGAAAUAUUCGAUUAUCAAAUCAAAUCGAACUUCAUGAUGUUUCACCUGCUUAA